AUGAUCGUCAUAACUGGUAUACCUUUAGGAACGCGAUCCUACUGUCCACCGGAAUGGUUUCGCCAACUGCAGUAUCUUCCGUUAGAGGCUACAAGUUGGUCACUAGGUGUUCUUCUUUUCAUUCUCGUAACCGGCCAGCUUCCCUUCAAAAAUGAAAUCCAGAUCUGCCUUGGACGAGUAAAAUUCCCGUCCUAUGUUUCAAAAGGUAGGAGUCGAGUUUCACGUCUCUCAAGCCCUUUCUUCUCAUUAGCGGAUGCCGGCAAGUGUCGCGGAUUUGGAUUUUUUGCGCUAUUGCGUCAUACACUUCAGAGAUAUAUCACUGGUCCAUUUUGCGACAGGAAAAAGUGUUGUCAGCUGAUCAAAUCGUGUCUUACCACUGCUGCUGGAUCUAGAGCUUCAUUAACGGCGAUACGGCAACAUCCGUGGCUCAACAAGAAAAUACCAAUCCAUACAGAGACUUUUGAGGCUGUGCUGGAUGAGACGUUGGGAAGGAGGCAAGCCCUGGAGCGAUCACCACGAACUCCAGCCGAAGAAGGAAGAGGGACUGUAGAAGAAGAGCGCCAGAUCAACGAUGUAAUUCUUUUAGAAUCCUCAAACAUAGUUCGGAAGCCUUCCGUUCCCUCCGUGAUUGCACCCGAUACGGAGAGCAGCUGCACGAUGGUGACGGCUAUCGGUGACGAUGAGGUGGCUCCAUUAGGUAAUCUAAUCCUUUGA